AUGGUAGAAUUCAAGGGUGGCUUUAAUUCUUUCUUGCUUCUUGUAUUUUUUCUUUCAUUUAACAUUGUUCUCUUUGUUCACGGCCAACCAUUGUCCGUAGUCAGUGACUAUGGAGGAAACACUAGCCAAAUCCAAACCUACAUCGUCCACGUAUCGAAGCCAAAAGGCUCAAAUUUCUUGGGCGCCGAGGAUUUAGAAAAUUGGCACAAGUCCUUUCUGCCCAACUCUACUCUAGACACAGGUGAACCACGGUUGCUUUACUCAUAUAAAGAAGCAAUUGGCGGGUUUGCAGCAAGAUUGACACCUGAAGAGGUGAGAGCCAUGAAGAAGAUGGAAGGAUUUCUAAGGGCGAAUCCAAGCCAACGGUUCGAGCUCCAAAGUACGUACACUCAUAACUUCCUAAACUUGAGCACGUUAUUUGGAGCUUGGUCCAUAGCAACUCUUUUUGGUGAGGGCAUCAUCAUAGGAGUGUUGGAUAUGGGGAUUCACUUGCCCCAUCCUUCUUUUGAUGAUGAAGGAAUGCCACCACGCCCAAAAGGAUGGAAUGCAAGUUGUAACUUUCAAAGGCCAUCUUGCAAUAAUAAGGUCAUUGGCGCCCAAACUUUCAAAUAUGGCCCUAGUACCAUUCCACCAAUUGACAAAGAUCAAGGUCAUGGUACACAUGUGGCUGGCAUUGCAGCAGGAAACUUUGUGGAUAAUGCGGAAGUCCUCGACCAAGCUCUUGGAAGAGCUGCAGGGAUGGCGCCAAAAGCAUUCAUAUCAGUGUACAAGGUGUGUUGGAUAGAUAUAGGUUGUGAUUCAAUUGAUGUCAUAGCAGGAAUAGACCAAGCAAUUCAAGAUGGGGUGCAUAUCCUCCAAAUGUCGAUUGGGCCAAAAACCUCCAUUGCCAGAUUCAUUUUGGAAUGGAUGAUGUUGCUAUUGGCACAUAUGCGGCGAUGCAAAAAGGGGAUCUUUCCUUGCGUAACUGCUGGCAACUAUGGCCCAAGCCAAGAGACAUUGGGUCGUGCUGCUCCAUGGGAUAUGGUUGUCGGUGCAACCACCACAGAUCGAAGAAUAAGAGCAACUGUGACACUCGGCAAUGGGCAAGAAUUCCAUGGAGAAACUGCCUAUCUAUCCAACACAGUUAUUGACAAGUUUCUUCCCUUGUUUUUUUCCAGGCAGCGGUGGGCAAAGUGA